AUGUACGAGACGAAUGCCAUUGAGGCUCGCGUGAUCUUGAUGCAUUCUAUCCAGCCUGCUCGCUGCCGCCUUUACAAGUACCUGCCGGCCGUUGUUCACUGCGCUGCUCAGACGCACGAUAACUCCGAUCAGUGCAUGAUGCUCUGCACUCCUCAGAAGAACCCCCGCGUUCUGUGGGGCAUGAAGAGCCUGCGGAAGGAUCUGGUGACCUGCCUCGCCAAAUGGGACCAAAUCAUGCAAUGCCACCAGAGCGGUCUCCGUGCUCGCAAGUGU